CCAAAAUUACCCUCUCUCUCUCUCUCUCUCUCUCUCUCUCUAUCUCCUUCCUUUUGGAAAGAUAGUCUUCCCCCUUUAGUUUCAGUCUAUUUGCAUUUCGGUCAAAUUUAUUGUCCCUCCCUCAUAUAAAAAGCACCAAUCUUGUUGUUAGCCCUUCAUAUUUUUCUAAGCCUAAAAAUUGUAAGCUCUUGAACACAAAUUCCAAGUUCUUUCAUACAGACACAAAUGCCCCACCACCAUUCCUCCUCCCCUUUCCCUGCUUGCUUCCGCCCUUCCACAGCCGACAUCCACCACCUCCCCCCACCAACACCGCCGCCGCCACCUAAUUCAGGCAACUCUAACCUCACCACCUGCCUCUACCAAACUGACCUUGGCCUCUUCUCUCUUACUUGGUCAAGUUGCUUUUUAGGCCAUUCUCUUCAUCUCCACCUCCACCCCAUUGACUGCAACAACAGCUACUGCUCUCCUGGUUUUCACUCUAACCCACUCUCUCUCUCUACCAUAUCUUUUCACCUCAAUAUCAAACCCUCGUUGUUUUGGAAAAAGCAUGGAUCCAAGAAAUUCCAUGUUACUAACCAGGAUGCUAACACUCCAACCCCAAGAAUUCAAAUCUUUUGGGACCUCUCUAGAGCCAAAUUUGGAUCAGGACACGAACCCCAGUCUGGGUUCUACAUAGCUGUGGUUGUUGAACGAGAAAUGGUGCUUCUUGUUGGUGAUUUGACCAAAGAAGCUUUUGCGAAGACUAAAGCUUUGAAGAAAGAGAGAGCCCAGGUUCUUGUUUUGAGAAGAGAACAUGUGUUUGGCAACAGAGUUUACACUACAAGAGCAAGAUUUGGGGGCAAGAACAGAGAGAUUUCAAUAGAUUGUAGUGUGAACAAUGAUGCAAGAUUGUGUUUUUGUGUUGAUAACAAAAGGGUUUUGCAGAUAAAGAGAUUGAAGUGGAAAUUUAGAGGAAAUGAGAGGAUCGAAGUUGAUGGUGUCCCUAUACAAGUCUCAUGGGAUGUCUAUAACUGGCUUUUUGAUGACAUAAACACUGACCAUGCAGUGUUUAUGUUCAGAUUUGAAAGCAAUUUAGACCAGUACCCCAAAGAAGAAGAGGAAGUAGUACAGAAACAAGAACAAAUUGAAGCUUAUGGUUGUCAUCAUCAACAACAAGAAAUCAAUGAGAAAAACAACAACAAAGAUGUUGUUUUAUGGCAACAGAAUUCAUCAAGUAGUACCACUAGUUUCGGAAUGAGUCCAAUAGAGUGGAGAAAGAUGAGAAAGAGCUUGAUGAGAACAGCUGCAAGGAGUUCAUCUUCUUCAUCAAUUUCCAUGUCCUCAGCAUCUUCUGGUGGCAGUUCUUCAGUAAUGGAAUGGGCUAGUAGCACUGAAGAAAGUGAACUUUGUGGUGGUCCUAUUGGAUUCUCUUUGUUGGUUUAUGCUUGGAGGAAGUAAAAGAUUAGUUGAUGGAUUAAUGGAUGAAUUCUCUUCUGUUUUUGGUGAUCUUUUGUUAAAUUUCUGUUUUUGUCACUAACCCAUUAUUUGUUGAUGAACAUACUAGUAUAAUACUCAAUGAAUUAGCACAAGACACAUACAAUUAAAUCAAA